AUGUCCACAGUGGAAGGGGAACCGCGGGCAGUGCUGAUCCCGAUCGCCGAUGGGACCGAAGAGAUUGAGGCCAUUGCAGUGGCGGACGUGCUGACCCGCGGGGGAAUGAAAGUGACGUUGGCCGCUGUUGGCCGCAAGCUGCAGAACAUUGUGACCAUGUCGCAAGGCACGAAAGUGCAGGGCGACAUGGCGAUUGAAGCAUGCGUUGACCUCAGCUUUGACCUCAUCGUGUGCCCUGGAGGCCCUGGCGCCCAGCACCUUCACGAUUCGGCCGAGCUGAUAACGAUGCUGCAGAAGCAGAAGCGCCACGGCCGAUUCUACGGUGGCAUUUGUGCGGCGCCAGCUGUUGUGCUGCUCCCGCAUGGUCUGCUCGAUUCGGGUCCGGCGACAACGUACCCGAGCUACAGUUCCAAGAUGACGGGGGUGGACUACCGCCCCAACGAGCGCGUUGUAGUGAAUGGCACGUGCGUGACGAGCCAGGGCCCCGGGACGGCCAUUGAGAUGGGGCUCAAGCUCGUGGAACUGCUUUGUAGCGCGGACAAGGCCAAGAGCGUGGCUUCGGCUUUGCUCGCGUGA